AUGCCUCCGAAGAAGGGGAAGUUCGCCAAACCCACCAAACCGCCACAGAUCCACAACACGCACUUCGUGUGUUUACCGUUGACGACAGAAGACUCGAUCUUGCAGUUGAAUGAGUCGUUGGCAAAAUUUAGGGAUGUCACGAGUCUAUCAGGGGACGCUGCUGCUGCUGGAUCAGCUGGCCAAGCUGGACAGAACUUGAGUUCGUCUUCUUCCACCCCGCCAGGCCUUUGUCGCAUUCCACAUGCUGCGUAUCGACCUCCUGGAACGUUUCAUCUGACGCUGGGCGUCAUGGAUCUCUCUUCGCAUGAGGAUAUGGAGAAGGCGCUGAAACUGCUGAAUGAUAUCGACUAUUCGAGCCUUCUCAGGAAAGCCGAAACUAAGAUGACGACAGGAAAUCCGCGAAACCCAGAGAGGGAGCCUACAGGCUGUUUAUUGCAGCAAAGUGAGAUGGACCAUGUAGCUCAGUCAGGAUCAGGAGCAGCAAGCGCAGUCUCUGAGGGCCUAUCCAAACCACUGGAAUCCCUCGAACGCGCCAUCUCCCCUCCUCCUCCAGCAUCCAGGCCCAAAACGACCUCAAGUCUCCAGCCCCUCCAUCCAGAACCAGAACCAGAGCCAAAACCACAACCACUGAUGCUAACACUACACGGCCUCGGCACCUUCCCGUCCGCAAGCUCAGCACGCGUCUUCUUCGCACACGCCCACGACGCCAGCCGACGCCUCCAGCCGUUCGCAGAACUGGUCCGCCAGCGCUUCCAAGCCGCCGGCCUCAUCACCGAGACGCGCCCGCUGGUCCUGCACGCCACCAUGGCCAACAUGACCUACGUCAAGCGUCCGCGGCGCAGGGAUCAGCAGUCGAUCUCGAGCUCCGGUCCCGGUUCCGGUUCGGGCGCAAAGACUGCCUCGGGCGUCGAUGGGCGGGACAUCCUGGCCUUCUUCAAUCGCCGCAGCGGAAGCGACGGAGAGGAUGUAGAUGUAGGGACCGAGAGUCUUGCUCCUCCCGGUACAUCUGCCUCGAAGGAUGUUGAUGCUGAUGCGGUGCCUGAAGGCUACAUCUGGGCGAGCGACAUCACGGUCGACAAGGUCCGGAUCUGCAAGAUGGGUGCAGAGCCGUGUGACCUUCCCGGCUGGGGACUCGAAUAUAGACCCAUAGCGGAAAGCGUUAUUGUUUGA